AGCUGAGCCAAGAUGGCGAUGGUGAAGAGGGAACUUCGGCGUCGGCUGGUGGACUUGGCGUCCCUCCGGGCUGCGGUUGGCAGGUCUGGAGAUUCCAACCCUUAACCUUGGUGUUAUCAACACUGCUCUAACCGGUCUUAUCAACACUGAGCUAAUUGGUCAGCACUUCAUCUAUGGGCACUUUACCAAAGCAGGUGAAAAUCGUGGAAGUUGGUCCUCGAGAUGGACUACAAAAUGAAAAGAAUAUUGUACCUACUGCGGUGAAAAUCAAGCUGAUAGACAUGCUUUCUGAAGCAGGACUCCCUGUUAUAGAAGCCACCAGCUUUGUGUCUCCCAAGUGGGUCCCCCAGAUGGCUGACCACACUGAAGUCUUGAAGGGCAUUCAGAAAUUUCCUGGCAUCAACUACCCAGUCCUGACCCCAAAUUUCAAAGGCUUUGAGGCAGCAAUUGCUGCAGGAGCCAAGGAAGUGGCCAUCUUCGGAGCUGCCUCAGAGCUCUUCACCAGGAAGAACAUCAACUGUUCCAUAGAAGAGAGUUUCCAGCGGUUUGACGUGAUCUUGAAGGCAGCUCGGGCAGCCGGUAUUGCUGUGCGAGGGUAUGUCUCCUGUGUGCUUGGAUGUCCCUAUGAAGGGAAGAUCUCCCCAGCUAAAGUAGUUGAGGUCACCAAGAAGCUGUACUCAAUGGGCUGCUAUGAGAUCUCUCUGGGGGACACCAUCGGUGUGGGAACCCCAGGGAUCAUGAAAGAUAUGCUGUCGGCUGUCAUGCAUGAGGUACCUCUGGCUGCCCUGGCUGUCCACUGCCAUGACACCUAUGGCCAAGCCCUGGCCAACACUUUGAUGGCCUUGCAGAUGGGAGUGAGUGUCGUGGACUCUUCUGUGGCAGGACUUGGAGGCUGUCCCUAUGCACAGGGAGCAUCAGGAAACUUGGCCACGGAGGACCUCAUUUACAUGCUAGCUGGCUUGGGCAUUCACACGGGUGUGAACCUCCAGAAGCUCCUGGAAGCUGGGGACUUUAUUUGUCAAGCCCUGAACAGAAAAUCAAGCUCCAAAGUGGCUCAAGCUACCUGUAAACUCUGAGCUCCUUGUGCACCUGAAGCCCUGGGGACUGUGUGGGAGUAGGGGCUUGCAUGGAUGAUUCAUGAAUGGGGACCCGGAGAUGAGAAUGAGGUUAAAGGGAUCGGACACCUCAUAGCGAGCUCUGCAUACAGGUCUCUCCUAGCAGAAAGGAGGCGAGGGACUAGAGGAGCUGCUUGGCCUCAGGCCUUCCCUGGCAGGUCUGAGCGUGAGUGAGUGAAAGGCUUUAGGGGGCUGGACGUCUCCCUUCACCGUGGACCCAACGGCCCAGGAGUUGAAUGCCUGAGGGCACUUGGGAACCUCAUUCCCUGUUUGGGAUGAUCCUCAAGUCUUAUCUAUGGUUGAAAUCUGCCCACUGGCUACCCUCUAGACAGCUCCACCCUGCCAUGACCUUGGGGCCAUUGCUUUCUGACCUCUUAGGGCAAAGGGCAUGGAGGUCCUCAGGCUGACAGAGGGCGUUUGCUGAAGGGGGUGAGGACUGAGCUGCUGUGGUAGCCAUCUGCCAACUCCAACAUCCGUGGAAAAUCUGCACUCUGUCCAUGAUUUUUGAAAACAGCUUAUGUAAUUAAAGGUUUAAUGACGACCAUUCCA